AUGGGUUUCACCGGCGUCCACCAAAUGUCCGAGCCAUCACUGAAGGACAGCCUCCUGAACGAGUUCCAGGACAUCUUCAGGGACACGUUGGGCAAAUUUUAUAUGCAAAACUACCAGCACAUCUUGGCUUUGGAAUUUGCAAUCAAAGAAAUCAAUGAGAAUUCCAGGAUCUUGCCAAACAUCACCCUUGAUGAGAACAGUGACAAUCAAUGCACUGGUGAGGAGUCACUGGAGACUCUUCCUGAAUCUGUGAUUGAAUCUAGUAUAACUGGGCAAAGUUAUAGCAUUUACAAUGCUGUCUAUGCAGUGGCCCAUGCUUUGCAAGCCAUGCUUUCAUCUAAGAGCAGAAAAAGAGGAAAUGCUUGGGAACUCAGUCAACAGUCCUGGCAGUUCCAUUGGUAUCUGAAAGCUGUUUCUUUUAACAAUAAUGCUGGAGACGUGGUUUCCUUUGAUGAAAGAGGAGAACUAGCAACUGGAUUUGAUGUUAUCAACUGGGUCACCUUCCCCAACCAAUCAUUUCAUCGAAUCAAAAUUGGAAACAUAGCUCCAGUGACUCCCCCUGAAAAUCUCCUUACUCUUUCUGCAGAGGAGAUCAUCUGGCCCACCAUGUUUAACCAGAUACAGCCCUUUUCUAUGUGUAAUCCUCCAUGCUCAUCAGGUUGGAGCAAAAUAAAAAUAGAAGGAAAGCCCUUUUGCUGCUAUGAUUGCCUUAAAUGCCCAGAAGGAAAAAUUUCAAACAAGACAGAUGCAGAUGACUGUUUCCCAUGUUCAGAAGAUCAGUACCCAAACAAAGCUCACAACCUUUGCAUUCCAAAACACAUCACAUUUUUGUCUCAUGAAGAGUCUCUGGGAAUUAACCUGACAGCUAUUGCUUCCUUCUUUUCUUUAAUCUCAGUUAUGGUCCUGGGAAUCUUCAUUAAGCAUCGGGACACCCCCAUUGUCAAAGCCAACAACCGGAACCUCACCUAUAUUCUUCUCAUUGCUCUCCUCCUCUCCUUCCUCUGCACUUUGCUCUUUAUUGGCCAACCAGAUCAAGUAAAAUGUCUCAUGCGACAAACUUCUUUUGGCAUAAUCUUCUCUGUAGCUCUUUCUUGUAUAUUGGGGAAAACAAUCAUAGUGGUCCUUGCUUUCAUGGCCACCAAGCCCGGAUCCAAAAUGAGGAAAUGGGUGGGGAAAAGGCUGGCCAACGCUAUAGUUCUUUCAUGCUCUUUGACACAAUUCUCCAUUUGUGCAGUGUGGUUGACAAUUUCCCCCCCAUUCCCAGAUUCUGACAUGCACUCCAUGGCUGAAGAAAUUGUCCUAGAAUGUAAAGAAGGUUCAACCACUAUGUUUUAUAUUGUUCUUGGUUUCUUGGGAUUCUUGACUGCUUUCAGCUUCUCAGUAGCCUUCCUAGCUAGGAAGUUACCUGACAGCUUUAAUGAAGCCAAAUUUAUCACCUUCAGCAUGUUGGUCUUUUGUAGUGUCUGGAUAUCCUUUGUUCCCACCUAUCUGAGCACCAAGGGAAAAUACAUGGUAGCUGUGGAGAUCUUUUCCAUUUUGGCUUCUGCAGCUGGAUUACUGGGUUGCAUCUUUUCCCCCAAAUGUUACAUUAUUAUUCUGAGACCUAAUUUGAACAGAAAGGAACAGCUGACAAAGAAAUGAAACUGAUUUACUUGCUCCUCUCUAAAUUGUGACAAAAUCCUCAUUUGCUUAAUUAAAGGGCUACUGACCAUCUUGAAGAACUGA